GAAGAAGCAGUAGCAGCAUGAAAUUUAACUCGAUGUAAACAAACAUUGUCAUUCGAGUCAUCGUUUGUUGUUCUAGGCACACGCGUCCGUCUACCGUAAUAUUAGUACAAUCAAAAUUACCCGAUCAACUAAAAGUGCUAUUUUUUUUUAUUGGAGAAAAUGCCGACCUGGAAUCAAAUACAACAACAGCUGCGGCAUCCAAAUAAUCCCGUUGUCUUCUUUGACAUCACAGUGGGUCAAACGGAGAUUGGUCGUAUGAUAAUGGAAUUAUAUGCCGACGUCACUCCCAAGACUAGUGAAAAUUUUCGCCAGUUUUGUACUGGGGAAUAUCGUAAAGAUGGGGUACCCAUUGGAUACAAGGGAGCUUGUUUCCAUCGAGUGAUAAAAGAUUUUAUGAUUCAAGGAGGUGAUUUUGUCAGGGGUGAUGGCACUGGGACUCAGAGUAUAUAUGGACCAAGCUUUCCUGAUGAGAAUUUCACCCUGAAACAUGAUGGGCCUGGAUUGCUUUCUUUGGCUAACAGUGGAAAGGACACAAAUGGCUGCCAGUUCUUCAUCACGUGUGCGAAAUGUGACUUUUUAGAUGGAAAACAUGUUGUAUUUGGUCGAGUAAUUGAUGGCCUUCUUGUGAUGAGGAAGAUUGAAAAUGUACCGACUGGACCAAAUAAUAAGCCAAAGAUACCCGUCUUAAUAUCUCAGUGUGGGCAAAUGUGAAUGAAUGUAUGAAAUUUGGGCCAUUUGGCCAAGUGUGAUUUGAUUACUUGUAACACAAAUAAAUAUUUUCUUUGGUUA